AUGGCACAUCGACGUGUUCCCGUGUACCACGUGAUUGAUGGCCUAAAGUAUUCCAAGGCUUACCUGCCGGAAAAUGUGCGCAAUGCUCGAGACUACAUGCCACACGACAACGACUUGAUACUCGUGUCUUACCUCAAAUGUGGCAACAACUGGCUGGAGCAGAUCAUCCAACUGAUUCUUCACAGGGGUGAGAGCGCCGAAAACUACGGCGAGUUCCACCGGCGGUGUCCGUACCCAGAGAUGACCGGUAUGCGGUAUCUGAACGAGAUGCAGCCACCACGGUUCUUCAAGACGCACUUCUCGUACGAGCACCAGCUGAAGAACCCCCGAGCCAAGUACAUUUACCUGACGCGUAAUCCGCUAGACGUCUGCGUCUCUUUCUACUACUAUGUGAAAAGUGGUGCUACUUACGAGUUCGAGGACGGCACCUUCGAUGACUUCGUCGAGGCUUUCGUCGCUGGAGAAGUAGACCGUGGUGAUUACUGCGACCACCUCCUCUCCUGGUAUCCACAUCGGCACGAACGAAACGUGUUCUUUCUCACCUACGAGCAGCUGAAGAACGAUUUCAAGAACACGGUUCUUGACUUGGCCGGAUUUAUGGGCAAACAGUACCGUGACAUGCUUGAGCACGAUGACAAUAUUUACGCGAAUGUCGUCGAGAGAAGUGCAAUUCCCUUCAUGUCGAAAGCUUUCCAGUUCAAUAGAGACGAACUGAAGCAGACGCUCUAG